GCUUCACUUCAACAAGCACAGGACUGACACCCAGACCCUGGUCCUGAGAAACGACAGCCCACUGCCCAUGGCAUGGCAUCUCAGUGGGCUGGACGACCUUGGAGAUGACUUCUCUGCAUCACAAGGCAGGGGCAUCGUUGGGCCCCGCACAGACUUUGAGGUGAAGCUGGAUUUCAAGGCCGAGAAGAUUGGCAUCACAAAUAAGAUGAUCCGACUAGAGGUUUCAGAUACAGAAAACAUCCUGGGCAUUGUUCAGGCUGAAACCAUCAAAGUCUCUGUGGAGGUCUACGAUGUUAAUCUGAGCAUCAACAUGCCUGAAGGUCCAGAUGGCAGCUUGGAAUUUGGAACCAUUAAUGUCCUGGAUAAUAAGCAGCAAGUCCUGAGUCUGCAGAACAAAGGCUUGUAUGACAUUGAGUACAGUUUCAAGCUGACCACUGGAAGUGCCAAGAGGGGCGACUUGGAAUCUCCCUUCACUGUCCGGCCGCAGGGGGCUGUGCUGAAAGCCUCCCGGCCACCUGUGAAAGUUGAGGUCCUCUUCCACCCCACGACUGAAAUGUUUCUCGAGAGCAAACCCAUCCUGCUCUGCCAGGUCAUUGAUCUCAAAUCGGGUCAAGGAGGCGAGACCGUUGCCACCAUCCCAGUGAGGGUGUCGGCGAGAGCUGUGUACAGCAAGGACAGCAUCGAGCCUGCCUCGCCCAUCGACUUUGGUGCCAUGGUUAAGGGCACCAAGAAGAGACAGGUCUUAAUUGUGGAGAACAAAGGCACCCUCAGCUUCAAAUUCCUCAUCCACCGAGCACCUCCACUGCAAAGUUCACAGCAAGAGGAAUCUGCCCCCUCGGUCAGGGAAAGAAAACGCUCCACACAGGCUCAGCUCACUGCAGGCGUGUUCACGGUGUCCCCUUGCUCCGGCUCCGUCGGUCCUGGGGGCCAGCAGAAGAUCACAGUGGAUUGCAGCCCAGGAGCAGAGGGGAAAUGUGAGGAGCAGCUGUACAUUGACAUCAGCAACAGAGACCCCAAGGACAAUCCCCUCGGCAUUCCCUUUACCCUGACUGCCGAGUCCUGCCUCCCAGCGCUUGUUGAAGACGUCACGUCCAUCUUUGAGCAGUACCCGAUCCACAGCAACGUCAAUCUCCGCCAGACGUUACAGUCGGUGCAAGGCAACGGUGUGUUCAUCAGAGAUGAUAACAAAUUCAUCUUCACCAAAGUUCAGGUUGGGCAACGGGCCACGGCUCGCUUCAAGAUCUCUAAUGGCAGCAGUGUCCCAUGUGACGUGGUCCUCUCCAUCAAAGCCUUGCCUGGAGAGCCUCACAGCCUCAUCAGCAACAUCUUCAAGCUGGAUCCUGUCGAGAUGAGCAUUCCUGGCUUAUCCCACGCCUUUGCUACAGUGACCUUCACUCCAGAACAAAAGGAGGACUACCAGUGCACUUUCACAGCUUCCCUUGUUAGCCCAAAAAGCAGCUCCGUGAAGACAAAACCCCAACAGCUGACCUUCACUGUCAGUGGAGAGGGGCACGUGCCUCAGGUGACAGUCGAGUGCCCGGGCCUUCGGAGUAAGAGAGGAACCCCUGUGCUGCGCUUCAGGAGGCUCCUGCUGGGGGAUUCACAGACACUCCCCCUGGUCCUUCGUAACAAUGGCAUCAUACCCACAAAGUUCACAGUUCAUAUCAUGGACGACAAGGGAGUUUUCUUUAUGAAAGGCAGGCAGUCCGCACUCCGUGCCUUCCACAUUGCAGACAUGGAAAAGGACUCCACUGGAAAAGCCAAGAAGCGUCCCGAGAAGCCUUACCUGCUCCUGGAACACGGGCAAUCAGCAGAGUUUGACGUGUUUUUCAAACCCACCCUGGCCCAACGUCUGGAAGGGAAGAUCCGUGUGCCAGUGUCAGGCAACAGUGAGAUCGACAUAGAGCUGGUGGGUGAAGGCCACAAUGAUGACUUCACCCUUGAUAACCUCCCUGGACUAGCAGAAGACAGCCAGGAGAGCAAUGCUGAGGGCAAUCUGGAGGACGACAUCAUUGAGGCUGUCAGAGCGAAUCACAUAAAGUUUGGGGAGUGUGCAGUCGGGGAGCUCUGCGACAAGACCUUCACAGUCACCAACCGCAGCAAGGAGGAGGUGAUGUGGUUUGAGUGGCUGCUGGCAGAUGCCCUGUUCCAGUUCUCCCCCAAGGUGGGACACCUCCAGCCUGGCUGUGCCAAGAAUAUCAGAGUGACCUUGAAAUCCAAGGUCCCGGUCACCAUCAAAAGGCCCUCUGUGAACUGUAAGGUGGCCAAGAUCAAAUACCAGCUGCCACCAGAGGAGGUUUACGACUGGGACGACAGAAUGCGCACUGAGAAGUGGGAGGAUACCACCGAGAGACUCCCGGGAGCCCGCUGGCCUUUGAAGCGGAGGGUGGUCAAGGCAGUCCCGGAACCACCUCACACCAUCGUGGAGAGGAGCAGCCACGAGGUCGAGCUUGUCCUCAGUGCUCAGGUUGACUACGCCGAGUUCAAACUGGACACGGUCGAGGUUCAGCUGAAGCAGACUGAGCUCUUCCAGACAGAGAUAAGCACUUUCCGGAUGUCCAAUACAGGGAAUGUAGCCCUGAAAUACUGCUGGGAGGAGAAUCUGGAGGAGGAAAUACCAUCAAAGAGUUCUGGGAGGCCGUUCUCGUCCACUCAGACACGUGAUUUCUUGUCCUCUACUGCUGAGGAUCUCUGGGGAAGGAAUCAUGCAAGGCUGGUGCAGCAGGCAUUGCUGCUCGAGUCAACUCAGCCCCAGCCAACUCAGCCCCAGCCAACUCAGCCCCAGCCAAGUCUGCGCCUUUCAAAGCAGCUGUGCCGCUCUUCGAAGGGCCUUAGCUCCUCCCCGGAAUUCUCUCCAAUUCCCGUCAAGGACCCACCACUGUUCUCCAUCGAGCCCCACUGUGGUACCAUCCCUGCUGGCCGGAAUCAGAUUUUCUGUGUGAAAUUCUUCCCGACGCGUGUGGGGGAAUUUAAGGCCGAAAUGCUGUGCAGACUUCUUAACCUGAAGCCAUCUCAGAAGAGCCCACGGGUGUUUGUGAUGGGGAAAGGCUGUUUGCCAAAGGCUGAUCUGAAAUGCUCUACAUCACUGCAAAAAGGUGAAACCCAGAGCAGCAAACCCAAGAAGAAGGUGCAGCGGUCAGCAAAACUAGAGUGACACCAUUUGUGUCAUGGCUUCUCCUGCUCGUGGUUUCCCAGCCUUCAGCAGAGACCUCCCCAGCUACUCUUCAAGCCCCAACACCCAUCUCUACCUCAUCUGUGUACUACCUAAUAAACUGUGUCUCAACGCA